AUGACACACUUUAGUACAAUAGAAGAAGAGGCACUAAUUUAUGGUUGGGUCAUAGCAAGCAACGAUCCGAUUCAUGGAAAAGAUCAAAAAGGUGCAAUAUUUUGGGGAAAGAUAAUGGAAGAAUACAAUAAAAGAAAAGCUCAUAAUGGUGUCGAAAGAGAUAGAAAGGCAUUAAGUUAUCGUCGUGGAAGAGAGAAUUAUGUAGCAACGACUAAAAAACAAUGGACGCACGAAUCGAUUUUUCAGAUCCUGAAGACUUAUCAACCAGAUUACAAUCCAGCGGUGAAUAAUGAUGAUGGAGUCGGUACUUCUACUCAACCUAGUCAACAUACUCAAGCUACUGAAGAAAAUGAAGUUGAUAAUUUGGAUGAAGAAUUUCAAAAUAUGGCAAGGUUUGGUAGCUCUUCAUCUACUCAUAAUUCUAAAACCUCGGACAUAUCAAAGAGAAGGCGUUAUUUUGAACAAACAGAUGACGUUAGAAGUGAAGGGAGAGAUCAAGCAAAGAAAAGGGCUCGUGAGGCUAAAGCAUCGCAUAAAUCAGAUGAAAAAUUGGAUAAACUCAUCGAACUUCUUGAAAACGCACAAACACAAAGAAUGGCAAAAUAUGAAACAGAGGAAGAGUAUCUGAAGAAGGACAUGGAAAACUCUUCAAUUUUGGCACAAACGCAGCAAAGAGAAUCGGACAUGAAGAUCCUACGUCAACCCUUGGAUGAAUUACAAGAAUGGGAGAAACCCGUCUACAAAAUAUGGAAGAACGAGAUUUUAUCCCGUCAUGGAUUACCACUUAUCCCCUAA